AUGACUAUGAACCUUUUUAACCUUUCAGGGAGAACAGCCCUCGUUACGGGCGGGACCCGUGGAAUAGGGCAAGCCAUGGCCAUUGCACUUGCCGAGGCCGGUGCUAAUAUUAUUUUAAUUCAGAGAGACACUAGCAAUCAAGCCACUAAAUCUGAGAUUGAAGGAUUAGGUAGAAAAGCAACCAUCUGCGUCGCAGACCUCUCAUCACAAAGUUCAAUCUCUACCCUCGUCUCUAGUGUAUUGGCAGAUGGACAUGAUAUCGAUAUACUACUCAAUUGCGCUGGUAUUCAGCGGCGGCAUCCGAGCCAUGUUUUCCCACAGGAGGACUGGGAUGAGGUUUUACAAGUCAAUCUGACUACUGUCUUUACACUAUGUCGCGAUGUUGGUGCAUAUAUGCUUACCCGUACCCCUAAUGCAUAUGGGCAACGUGGGAGCAUUAUCAAUGUUGCUUCCCUUGUCUCCUUUCAAGGGGGUCUCAAUGUUCCAGCUUACGCAGCCGCAAAGGGUGGCGUGGCACAGCUCACAAAGGCAUUGUCGAACCAAUGGGCCUCGAGCGGAAUCAACGUUAAUGCGAUUGCUCCGGGAUAUGUGGCUACGGAUAUGAAUACUGCGUUGAUCCAGGACAAGGACCGAGCAGCGAGUAUUCUGGAGCGCAUCCCUGCCGGAAGGUGGGGAAAUGCAGAUGAUUUUAAGGGGUCCGUUGUUUAUCUUGCUAGCCGAGCAAGCCUCUAUGUGAGCGGAGAGAUUUUAACAGUGGAUGGAGGCUGGAUGGGUCGGUAA